AUGGAUACCAAUUCUGAAUUUCCAACUCAACAUUCAAACUCCGAUGAUGUUGAAAUUUUUACCCGUAAUUCAGAAUUUAGUUUUUCUAAUCCAUCUGAAACUAAUUCAAAAAGAUCACGCAGCAGCAAUUUUACAGUAGCAGAGGAUCUUCAUAUUGUGUCAUCAUGGCUUAAUAUUAGCAUAGAUGCUUUGCAAGGAAAUGAGCAAAAACACAGAACAUAUUGGACUCGAGUGUGGGAGUAUUUUCAUAAAUACAAAAUUUUUGAAUCCGAGCGUACACAGAUUUCUUUGAUGAAUCGUUGGUCAACAAUUCAAUUAGCUACAAAUAAAUUUUGUGGAUGCUAUGCUCAAAUCGAAUCAAGAAAUCAAAGUGGAAUAAAUGAACAAGAUAAGAUUGCUAAUGCGAAAAUUCUGUAUCAAGAUAUUAGCAAAGGUAAAUUUCAGUUUGAACAUUGUUGGAAUAUAUUGAGGUUUCAGCCAAAGUGGUUGGAAGAUUGUGAAAAGAAAAAACCAAUGAAGAAAAAAGAUAAGAUCCAUGAUAAUACUUAUGCUGCUGGGUUUAAUUUAGGAGAUGAUAAUACCACAAGUACGAAUUUUGUUGAUUUGGAGAGACCUCCAGGAAGGAAAGCUGAAAAAGAAAAAAAGAAAAGAAAGCAAAAAGAGAUGGAAAAUGAGUCGUCAGAUUCAUACGUGAAUAUUCUGCAAGAAAUGAGAGAGGAAAAGAAGCAAUUCAAUGAAAAAAAAUUGAAUUUAUUUGAAAAGGUUUAUGUUCAAGGGCAAGAGAGACUUGCUUAUGAGCAAGAAAAGUUGCGAUUAGAACAACUGAAAGAGGAUGAAAGGAUAAUGGCAAUCGACACCGCAGGAAUGCCUGAAUUGCUUGCAAAUUUUUAUGUUCGAUGUCAAACCGAGAUUGUUGAAAGAAAAUUGAGAAAUUACUGA